UCGGCACUUGGGAUAAUGGCUGCUAGGUGAGAUGAGCGGGUGGGCCGCAUCCUUUGAGUGUGAGGCGCUUCCAUCGAAAGGACCGUUAACUCGGGCGGUGCCGAGUUAAAAUGGUCGAUAUCCGACCCGAAAAACAUCCCGAAACCGUUGUACAUAUUUCGAACAUCGUCCUUCGAAUUGCACCUACUGUUAACAUACAGUCUUAGUGGCCAGUUCUGCCUGCCCAUCAGAGGUUAAGCUGAGGCCAUGGCAGUGAAGGACCGUGUUGAGGCGGUGCUCAAUGUGGGUCUUCGAGUUCCCAGCAUCAUGCUCCUGGAUGUCCUCUACCGGUGGGAUGUCAGCUCCUUCUUCCAGAAGAUCCAGCGUUCCAGCCUCUCCAACAAUCCCCUAUUCCAGUACAAAUACCUGGCACUUUACCUGCACUACGUAGGUUACAUCCUGAGCCUGGUGCUCCUGACUCUGCCUCGUCAGCACCUGGUUAAACUCUAUCUGUAUGUCCUUACGGCCCUGCUGCUGUUUGCUGGUCACCAAGUCUCAAGGGAUUAUGUUCGCAGUGAACUGGAGUCUGGCUAUGAAGGACCUGUCUACCUGGAACCUCUCUCCAUGAACAGAUUCACCACUGCACUCAUAGGUCAGCUGGUGGUGUGUACACUCUGUUCCUGCGUGAUGCAGACCAAGAGGAUUUGGCUUUUCUCUGCUCACCUUCUCCCAUUGGUGGCCAGACUGUGUCUGGUUCCACUGGAGACCAUUGUCUUCAUCAAUAAGUUCUCCAUGAUCUUCACGGGCCUGGAGGUCAUUUACUUCCUGGCUUCUAACUUACUGGUACCAUAUAACCUGGCUAAGACUGCCUACCGGGAGCUGGCUCAGGUGGUGGAGGUGUAUGGGCUGUUAGCUUUGGGUAUGUCUCUAUGGAACCAACUGGUCCUUCCAGUUCUCUUCAUGUGUUUUUGGCUUCUGCUGUUCGCGCUGCAGAUCUACUCCUACUUCAGCACCAGAGACCAGCCUACCUCAAGGGAGAGGCUCCUUUUCCUCUUUCUUACCAGUAUUGCAGAGUGUUGUAGUACACCGUACUCCCUGCUGGGUCUGGUUUUCACUGUCUCCUUCAUCGCUCUGGGGGUUCUCACACUCUGCAAAUUCUACCUGCAAGGCUACAGAGCCUUUAUGAAUGACAACACCAUGCACAGGGGGAUGACAGAAGGCAUCACCCUGCUGAUCCUCGCUGUCCAGACUGGCCUCAUCGAGCUGCAGGUCAUCCACCGAGCCUUCCUCCUGUCCAUCAUCCUCUUCAUCGUUGUUGCUUCCAUCCUGCAGUCCAUGUUAGAGAUAGCGGACCCCAUAGUCCUGGCUCUGGGAGCAUCCAGAGACAAGAGUUUGUGGAAGCACUUCCGAGCAGUGUCUCUUUGCCUGUUCCUGCUGAUCUUUCCAGCGUACAUGGCCUAUAUGAUCUGUCAGUUCUUCCACAUGGAUUUCUGGCUUCUCAUCAUCAUCUCUUCAUCCAUCCUCACCUCACUGCAGGUUCUCGGCACUCUGCUGAUCUACGUCCUCUUCAUGGUGGAGGAGUUUCGUAAGGCUCCGGUUGAGAACAUGGAUGAAGUUAUCUACUGUGUCAAUGGGACCUAUCGAUUGCUGGAAUUCCUGGUUGCGGUGUGUGUGGUGUGCUAUGGCGUGUCAGAGACAGUAUUCGGGGAGUGGAGUGUGAUGGGGAGCACCAUCAUCCUAGUCCACUCCUACUAUAAUGUCUGGCUCAGAGCCCAGCUGGGCUGGCAGAGCUUCCUGCUCAGGAGAGAUGCUGUAAACAAGAUCAAAAGCCUCCCCACAGCCAGCAACACACAGCUGGAGCAGUACAACGACAUCUGUGCCAUCUGCUACCAGGACAUGAACACAGCUGUGAUCACUCCAUGCAGUCAUUUCUUCCACGCUGGCUGUCUGAAGAAAUGGCUCUAUGUCCAGGAGACAUGUCCUCUUUGCCACUCGCAACUCAAGAGCCAAUCACCGGCUGCCAGUGUCCCCAACCAAGACACCCCUGCAGCCAAUCAGAGCCCUGCAGGGCAGGAAGAAGCCACAGCAAAGCGGAAAGAUGGUUCUCCUCCAGAUGAUAGAAAGGAGGAGGGAACGGGAGAGCAGGAGCGAGAAAAAGGACCUGGCAUGUCACCUGAAGAAACUUCUCCCUCUUCCUCUGGUGUGCCCCUAGCUCCCCAGCAGCUUGUCAAGACUCCACCAUCUUCUUCUUCUUCCCCACUCGUUACUGAUUCUCUGCAGAAACAGUUACUCACGGAUCAUCCCUCUUCGUCUUCCUCCUCUUCCUCUGACACAUUGGACAUAGCCCCCUCUCCUCCAUCUCUCUCUCCCACCUCCAUCCCUUGCAUCUCUAACCACUCAUCCUCACAGCUACAGGCCCAGGCCGAGAUGACCCCUGGUGAACCUGAGCCUUCCCCAGCCUCCCCACUGGACAGCCAGGAGUCAUCUUCCGGUCCAUCAUCACAGCCUGACCAGCCCACUUACCUUUCUGAGGAACAGUUUUCUCCUCCACACACCCUCUGAGCCCCACUGUAACACACACAACAUACAUGCAUGCACAUAUAAACACUUGAUCUAAAUACUCCAUCUGCCUAUAUUCUACUUGUCCAGCAGUUGGCUAUCCCAUCAUGUCAGAAAUUCAACUUCAAACCCCUUCAUAUCCAUUUUGAGAGAAAAAAAAUCCAGAACAGUCUCCAAGCAAAUAUUCAUCACUGAGCAUUACAGAUGAUUCCAACUUCACAAUAUGUUGCCAUUUUAAGGCACUUCUCUUGGAACAGUUUAUCUAAAUGUAUCUGAGUUUAACUCUUGCCAGCAGUGAUUUCAUUAGGGUGGGCAUAACUUUUUUUCAUUUAUUUAUUUUUUCUUUUUGGGGGAACUCAAACUCAAUGCAAAAAGGGGAAAGCAGUAAUCUCAUCUCAAAAAUAACUGGGAUGUCUACAUCAUGUCCUUGAAAUGUGAAAUCGUGAAUGAAAUUUAAGUAUUACAUCAGUCAUUUUUGCUGUUUCUAAGAUUUUUACAUUGAUAAGAGACACACUUUGACAUUUCUAAAAUAAUGCUUUUGUCCUGCUCAUUUCAAUCCCAGACAUUUCAUGCGAUGGUUGCUCCCACCCUGCCUUUUGUAUGUGCAUAUUCCCUGUCAUUGCUGACAUUUCAUAGUGUUUGAGUUUUUCGCUGUAUGUGCCAUGAUCUCACAAGUAGUGGGUAGAGGUUUGGAGAGCCUUGAUAGACUAUUGAUAACUGAUGGUUGCAUCUUAAACAGUGAAAAAGUCUUAACAUUUCAUAAAGUCUGCAGAUCUCUCCAUCAGUUUUGAUAAAGAUGUUUGGUUUUCACUGCUGGAUGACAGUAGUUAUGUGUGUGAGUGAAUACUAAGCAUUAACAGACUGAAUGUUGUUUCUUGAGGCCAUCACAUGACCUGAAGCCUGGUGCUAAGCAGAGGAUACAUGGUGUGGUCUACUCAAGUGUUGCAGUGUGAAUAAAUAACCAAGUUCACAUGGAAUAACUAAUUCAUUCCGUGUUUCAAGCUUUCUCUAUUAUACUGCUUCAAUAUUUGAAUCAGACUUGUUUGGCUGGUCCCAGCAAAAACAGUUCUCAGUUCUCAUCGCCAAACUUUUGUAUUAUUGUUAAAGAGAUGUUAUUUUUAAGGUAAUCUUUACAUUACUGCUUUACUGGACAGCAUGCAGUGCAGAUGGACUGAACACAAGGGAGGGAAAGACAGAGGAGGAAGAUAAAAUGUAUCAGAGGCCACAGUUUGUAUUUGAACCGUCAGCAUUGUGAAAAUGUGGAGUGUAACUAUGCCCACAGAGCCGGCAAGGAGCCCAAAAUUUGUCUACAUUGGCUUUACUUCAUUCAUGGUACUCAUCCGCACUCAUCCUCCUGUUGAACCAGUCCAUCCCAAGUUUGCCAUCAGUUUGGCAGUUGUUGACUCUUUCAUGGUAGGAGCCAAUCACCUGGCUCCAUCCAAUCACAUCCAAGCAGCCUGUUUUUUCUAAGACCAUCGUUAUCCUCCUGCUGCUCAGUCACUUCACUCCAUGAAAUGUUAGUACCAGCAAAUUUAGCCAUUUGAUAC